AUGGGUGAGUAUGCUGCUAAGUUUGAGUCAUUGUCGAGACAUUUUAGGUUUUUUCGUGAAGAGGUCAAUGAACAAUUUAUGUGUCCCUGUUUCCAAAAUGGAUUGAAGUAUGAAACUCAAGACUCUGUCUUGCCAUUGGAAAUUCAACAUUUCCAAGUUUUAGUGGAAAAAUAUAGAGAAAUUGAGGACAUGAAGAAUAACAGGGCCAAUCGAGGAGGGAGCUUUAGUUCCGGGGGGCCUAGUCGGGUGAACCAUCCUAAUAACAAAGGAAAACAAAUUGUUAAGCCUUAUAACCGACCACAGAACAACAACAGAGGUCAGAACCACCUGGGGAACGAGAAUUUUUUAAGACAAUUGGGACAAGGGAAUCGAUGUUUCCGAUAUGGGGAAGAGGGACAUUAUGCUAAUUUUUGUACAUCUAAGGGUCUCAUUUGCUACAAUUGCCAGAAGCCAUGGCACUUUGCAAAUAAUUGUAAGGCCCCGAAGGUGGAACCAAUAGUGAAUGCCACUAGGGCUACUCGUCAUACUGCUAGAGGACGCGUUUAUUGCGUGGGUGCUGAAGCUGGAAAUCCAUCUAGCAAUUUGAUCCAACGAGACUGCGAGAUUGUAGGUAACACUCUGACUACACUUUUUGAUUCGGGGGCAACCCAUUCCUUCAUUGUUAUGGACUGUGUAACCGUUUGA